AAGAAAGAAAAAGUAUAUCAUCCCUCUUCGCGCAAAGCAGGACAACUCGCUCGGCAUGCGCUUCGCAAAGGGAAACUCGGAAAUCUUGCAUCGAAACGGGGGCAGAAACACAAUUCACUAGUGGAUCUAUAUGGAUUCUUUUACCAUGCUAUGCCCGAAGAAGGGGUUCUAACACUGGAGGAACUACACCACAUUGUUGGAAACGUCUGGUUAACCCGCUUUGACGAGGAGCUGGAGGAAGAAAAGGCUGCGCGUAGAAAAGGACGGCCGAAAAGUUCCAGGGAAGUAUAUCUGGAAGAUCUGAAGCUGAGAGAGGCGGAGGAGUAUCGCACAGGAAUGGAGGUGAUAGAUCUUACACACCCACCCACGGUUGAGGUCUUUCGACGCUGGGACCAAAAAGAAGUUGCCUUCAUCCAACUUCUUCGUUUCAUACGUAUUUUCAGCCCAGAGCACGAGCACUUUAUCGUUUCAAGACCUGGCAAACAU